UUCACUCCGGACGUCGUCUCCGGAGUCACAGCUUCUUUCUGGAAAAUUCUACCGUAGAAGUUUCCAUAGGUACCGUGGAUCGUAUUUGCUCGUUCACCGCCAUAUUGUGUGUAAAGGUUUGUGCUUUGUAGUGAGUCUUGUGUGCGUGUGUAUAAUGUGUGAUAUCGAUUUUUUCAAGGCUGAUUUUUCAACAACUUCUUCCAUUCUGAAGGCAGAAGAAGAAAUGGGGAACAGCGGUUCAGGCAGUGUUUUGAAGUGCAGAACGGGUGACUCGGUGCUUCGUGACCACAGGAGCGUCGGUCCACAUGGCCUCCUCCACACUGAUCAUGGCCUACACCUCCGGCCUGGUGGUGCAGCUUCGUAAACCAGACUCGGAGAUACCCGUGGACCAGGCCCUCGAGUCCUGGAUUGCUGCUGUUCCCUCUAUAGCGGGCUUGCUGGGAAGCAUGCUUGUUUCAAUCGCGAUGGCCUGCCUGGGGCGGAAGCUCAGUCAAAUAGCCAGUAUUCUUGCCUCGAUCAUCGGCUGGCUGGCCGUCUACUUCGCCAAGGACAUCACCCUGCUCCUCAUAGGCCGCUUCUUUAAAGGACUUUCUAUGGGAUCGAGCUUGAUCCUCGUCCCGAUUUUGGUUGGAGAAUACGCCAGCCCAAAAUAUAGAGGAUCAUUCUUGAUGUUCACGGGACUAUUGUCAGCCCUCAACGUUCUCUUGGCUCAUGGCACAGGCCUGUACCUACACUGGCGAACAAACGCCAUCAUAGGAGCAGGACUGGCAAUCGCCAAUUUACCUGUUGCAAUCCUCUCUCCUGAAACACCCAGUUGGUUGAUAACAAGGAAGAAAUACGACGAGUGCCAACGCGCCUUCAGGUGGCUUAGAGGCAACGACGAAGAAGAAGAAUUAGCAAAUAUGAUAAAAGCGAGCGAAAUCACACACCAGUUGAAACUUGGAAGAAAAUUCAAAUCCAAAAUGACGAUCAGAGAAAAAAUUAUAAAACUCAAAAGUGUUAUAGUGAAGAAAGAGUUCUACAAACCAAUAUUCAUCAUGAUCCAUGUGUAUACCGUAGGGCAGUGGGCUGGGAGUCAUUUACUGAACACUUAUGUAUUUGAUCUCAUAGAAAACAUUACAGGAAAAGGUUAUAAUGAGCACGCAUUAGGCUUGAACAUCAAUAGACUUCUUGGUGCUGCUCUAGCUAUAUGGAUAAUAAUGAAAACGAAGAGAAAAAAUUUUUUUUUGGUGUUUUCUGCGUUAAACGCUGUAGUUUUGCUCGUCAUCGCCGCGUAUACGUAUUGGAAAUCGAAUAGUGAUUCUGUGUUGACAUCUCCAACAGUGGGCAUUGUUCUGAUGCAUCUUCAGAUGGUGUUCGUGACAUCUUGCACUCUGCCGAUGCCGUAUGUCAUAGCAGGGGAAAUAUUUCCCCUGAGGUAUAAAAGUAUAGCGGGUGGUUUUACUUUUAUACUGAUAUCGAUAAAUACGGUGGUAUACCUGAAGACUUUUCCUUAUCUGAUGAAUAGCAUAGGAAUAUAUGGAGCUUACACCCUGUAUGCUGGCAUAAUGAUAUACUGUCUGCUGAUGGUGUACUUUUAUAUGCCAGAGACCAAAGAUAGGACGUUGCAGGAGAUAGAAGAAGAGGUGGUUGGGAAACCCUUGAAGUUGGAGGAAUUGAAAUCUGUUCAGUCAUUAAUUAUUGAGCCUGUGAAAAAGGAUCAAAAGGAUUAAACUAAUGCACCCUCUUCGGUGCUUAUCUCAAACACAUAAAAUAUGUGGUUUUACCUACUUACCAAAGUCAUCAUCAUCAUCAUCAUCAUCAUUUCAGCCACAGGACGUACACUGCUGAACAUAGGCCUCCCCCAAUGAC